GGAGCUGCUGGCUGCAGCUUGUCUGUCACUGCGGGCGCUGAAACACAAAACCUUUCUUGGAAUCAGAUUCCUGGAACCAGUCAGUCCAAAGUGAAGCGAGCAGUUUUCUGUCCUAACAGCACACACACUCUCAGCACACCACAGCUAACACGGAUAUAUCCUCUCGGUUUUUACGACUGUUGCAGGUUUUAACACGGAAUAUAUUAUCUUUUCGACCCCAGCAGAGAUUAUUCGGCAUUUAUUCAUUAUUUAAAUUGAGAAACUGCUGUCUUAUCCACAAGGCAGUUUUAUUCAAAUCGUCGUGAUCUCUAUGAUAAUCUUUGAUUUAAGGGCUGCUGUUAAUCAGAAAUGGUUGCCCGUGCAGUGACAAUUUUUCAUCAUGAGGAGCGACAAGCUUGCUGCCGCCCGCAGCCCUUUCCUCCACCCUGUGACCCAGCAGAUGAUCUCCGCUGCAUCACCACCACCUUCCAGUACCUACAGACCUCAGGCUGGUACUGGGGCUCUAUCUCUGCAAAUGAAGCUCGGGAAGCUCUCCAAAAAAGGUCUGAAGGCACAUUUCUAAUGCGGGACAGCAGUCACCCUCAGUUCAUGCUUGCCCUGUCAGUGAAAACCUGCUGUGGACCCACCAGCAUUCGCAUCAAAUACUGCAGGGGCUCUUUCUGGCUGGACUCCAUUUCCCCCGGCCUGCCUCACCUGCAGUCCUUCCCAGAUGUGCUCAGCCUCAUACAGAAUUACACAGCCUCCGGACACACAAAACAGCGCCAGAGGUCUAAUGACAUCCAUCCACAAACAAAGCCUGACCCCACCAAGCACACGGACAGUGACAGCGGAGUGCCUCUGGAGCUGGUGUGCCCCCUGCACAAACCAGAGGCCUUCUCUUCUUUACAGCACCUGACGCGCCUCGCAAUCAACAGACACACAAAGUGCCCUGACCAUCUGCCACUCCCGAAGCCUCUGCUGCACUACCUGCAGGACUAUCCUUUCCACAUAUGAGGGUCUCUGUCUCUCUGGUGCAGGACACAGAGACUGGGACAUGGGUCAGGGUCACCCUCCUUGUUGACCACACGCUGUGAAUCUGGAACAGUUUGACACCCAAAGGGACAGUGAUUGACCCAGAUGGAGGUAAUUGAAAUGAAUGAUGAGCUAAGUCUUUGUACUACUGUUGUUCUCUAGGAUAAGAUUUGUUUGUACUAUUUUCAUAAGUCUGUGUCAGAAACUGUGAACUGAUUUUAUUUAAAUGCCAAUGUGUGAGCUUUUUCUAUUUAUUUGUGCCAUUUCCUAUCAGUAAGAAGAGAUUCACAUAAUGUCUUUGCAUGUUUUGGACGAGUGGCUCCAAAUUUGUACUUGAUUUUAGCAAUAAUAAUUAAAGAAAAACUAAAAUCUG